AAUACAAAUUGACGAGUAGAGCGAACAAUACAUACUUCCACCAAAGCACAGCUCUUAUAUCAUAUAUUACCAUCAGCAUCUGCACUUGGUAGUGCUAUUACUAGUAUACCCCCAACCAAAAGACUCUAGCAAAGCACACUAAAAAUCACUCCUUCCACAUUCACACACAUAUUGUGAUUUAUAUCUACACAUAUAUAUCUACAACCACUCUCGAGUACUUCUUUCAACACCUACAGAUAUGAGCAAUGGGACGGGCAAUAUCACAGGGGGUACCCGAAAUAACCCGUCUGACUCUGUGCGGUCCAAUGCACUAAACGUUAUAGCACGAGAGUUCCGAACUCUUGAACAGGACGCAAACGUGGGGAAAAUGUCACUAUUUGACUUGAUUGAGUACUGUGAGUCUCUCUACGAGGCACUGGCUCAUGCUGCAGACUCCGCAGGAAUGGUACAACUGUACAUCCGCGGCUAUUUGGUGUUUUGCUAUUUCAUUAACAACUAUGUAAUGGUCAACUAUGGUGGAUUCGAGCAAUUUGUUGCAAAAAAGGAGUACGAUUUUUUGAUAUAUAUCAAUUUGUAUCAUUUUUUCAGACAAGAGGACGACAAAGAAGAUGAAUUAAAACCUUUACGUGGCUAUGUGGAAGAUUACCUAGGGGGAAUGAGAUUGUUACUGUUUGAGAUCGGAGUAUUAACAGAUUGGUUAGAUGAUUAUUUGGAAUAUUUGAAACAGAAAGAUGCCAUUGGAGAUGGAACCGAUGUUUCUAUUAACGAAGCCCCUGAACCUACACUACUAUUAGAAGAAGAGGAAGAGGACGAUCGAUCUUUUGAGUCCAGAUUUCCUUCGGUUAGCAUUAGGAAAGUUCCUAGUGUAACAGGAACUUACUUGGACCACAAAACUCCUGCUAACGAGGCGACACCUGUUAAAUCAGUUACCAUGUCUUCAUUAGCGAUGAAACAUCCAUUUGAUCAUGGAGAUGUUUCCAGUAAACCUACUGUUUCAUCAACAACAUUUUCCUCACCAUUAUCCAGCUCGACAGUCACUAGUCGUCCACCGAUUCCACAACAACUUCCUGAACAGCUCUUACGAGCAAGAACCUUCUCCAGUAUUCCAACUGCACCCUUACCUGUUCCUAACUCACAUCCUGGAACUAAUAUAGUUCAUGGAAUAAUUGAGACUAAUGGAUACUCAGCACCAUAUCCUUCUCUGGAUGACAGUACCCCUUCUUAUACACAAUCUUCGUCGCAUCAAAUCCCGUUAAAUCAAUCACGUAAAAGGUCUAACCUACCCUUUAGUAGAGCACCUAUGCCUUUGAGUACCACUGACAAUACUCAAAAUUACUCUAAUGGGUCAAAAAAUGGAUACCCAAGAGGCUCUGAAAUGCCCCAAUUUUCUGGAAGACAGCCAAUUUCAAAUCAAUCUACUCUGGUUCCAGCAUACAACACGUCAUCAAAUAACAUCAAUCCAGCGUCAAACCCAGGAUAUAGCCAGAAUUAUGGCUCUGGACAUGGCUCUGGACCAGCAUAUCCCACACCUUCACACCAAACCGUUUCUGGACCAAACCCAGGAAGUCACUUGGCGACAACCCCGUCAAGUUAUAUGAAGAAUAAUGCCAUUUGCGGCCUUCGAAAUUUCGGUUCAUCAUGCUACAUUAAUCUGACUCUUCAACUCCUCUUUGGUCUUGUUCAAUUCAAGUCAAUCUUUUCCAAUCUGAGGUACCAUCGUUAUAUUCGAGAACCAAAGUUUGUAAAACAAUUCUCAUCUCCUGAACCCCAUCUACUUCUGGUGGCAGUUCUGGGACUCCUCAAGUCGUUUGUGAACCAUGGAUCAUGUGGUAUUGCACCUUCAAAGUUUCUACGCAUUUCUUCCAACCUCAAGCCUGAUUUCAAUAUUCCAAAUGAACAACAAGAUGCCCAAGAAUUUCUUCUUUUCUUACUAGAGAGAUUACAUGAUGAACUAGCAGUUAAAUCUUCUGUUCAGAUCGAUCAUCUCCCUUCUGAUGCAAACGUAUCAGCUAAGGAUUACGACCAAUAUCUUAAAUGGUACCAAUCUGUAAUCUCCCUUGAAGGUACGUCCCCAGUAAAUGACCUUUUUCAGGGUCACCUACAAAAUAAACUAAUUUGUAAUAAUUGCGGCUAUGAAUCAGUUUCAUACUCACAAUUUACAAGUUUAUCGUUACCAAUACCCAGUCAUUCGGCUACAAGAUCAGUUAAUCUUGGAGAUUGCUUACGCUACUAUAUAAAGGAUGAAAUUUUGACGGGAGAUAAUGCAUGGAAUUGUCCGAAGUGUAGUACAGUCAAGAACAUUACCACAACUACAACUUUAGAUGCAUCUAAUACAAAACGUUCAGGUUUAUUUAAACUUGGCAGGAGGAGUAAAUCCCCCACUCCGGCUUCAAAUCCAAAUACCACAACAUCUUCUACAAUCAGUACAAAUGGUUCAGCGCAAUCGUCAAUCAAGAGACUCUCGUUUGUCAAAUUACCACAAAUCCUUUUUAUUCACCUUUCGCGGUUUUCCAUGUUUAGUCUAACUGAUAAAUUAAACACUACUAUCAAAUACCCUCUUGAACUCCGAUUUAAUGCUCUGGCCGAGAAGACUAUUCUCUACAAGCUUACAGGGUUAAUCAACCACUUUGGUAACUUGAAGAGUGGUCACUACACAUCUUUGGUCAACAAAUCUACCUUCCAUCAACACAUGAGUCUGUCUGAACGAAUUGUACCUAACAACAUCGAUAACUUGAAGCGCCCAUACUGGUGUUACUUUGACGACGAUGCAGUACAACCAGGGGUAACACAUGGGAACAUAAACAUGGAACUGGGUCCGAUUAUUAGUGAAUUGAAUCUGAAGGAAGUCUAUGUGUUAUGUUAUGAGAAAGUUGAGGAAUAAAAUACCCUUGAUAGUGACCAUAGGUACUAUCACAAUAAACUCUCCAAUGACGAACAAAUGGAAGUUGUAUAGAAGAGACUGUAUCAAUGAAGCUCAAUACAAUAUAGAUCAAUUUUUU